UCCGGUUAUAUUAGAGCGCAUGUCAAUCGCCUCGCCAGUCGAACUUAAGGUUCAUUAUCAGUCAUUCUAAGUGUCAGUUAUUUUUUAUUUAUACGUGUUACAAUAGCAUUCAGAGUUAAAUGUGGAGUAUUACAGUAUCCGGCUUUAUUGGCAUUUAGUAAUUUAAGAGUUUAAAGUGACAUUUAAGCAGCUGUCCUUCAUUUUUAAGGGAAAAAUGGCGGAUGUUGCAACGACUUGUGCAGAGAAGAGUCUGGAUGAUUUUUUUGCCAAGCGCGAUAAAAAGAAGAAAAAGGAGAAAGGUAAGGGAAAGGAGCCGCCGUCGACUGCGGGGAUGGCGGCCUUGAAGAAGAACAAGAAGGAAAGGGAGAAGACGAAGAACGAAAAUCCGGACACGAACGUGGAGAAGGAGGAUGAAGAGUGGAAAGAGUUUGAGCAGAAAGAAAUUGACUACAGUGGACUCAGGCUGCAGGCUCUACAAAUAAGUGAUGACAAGGAGGAAGUGGAGUUUGAGAAGGAUGAGAUCGGUGAGGACGGGGAGAUCAUUCUCGUCAGUGGAGACAAAGUCUCUGGUCCAUGGAACAAGUCUAGCGCUGUGCCUGUUGCGGCACCCCCUGUUGAGGAAGAAGAGGAGCCCGAGCAGAAACCACUGGGGGUGUAUCGGCCCCCAGGGGCCCGGCUGACAUCCAAUCGGAGGGGGCCGUCCAAGGGUCCUCCGGAGAUCUUCAGCGACGCCCAGUUUCCCUCACUGUCCGCCACGGCCAAACACGUCGAGACACGAAGGGACCGAGAGAUUGAGAGGACCUUUGAGGUGGUGAAGCACAAGUACCGGGCCAGGGAGGAAGUGGGCGGGGCCUCCGCACAGGAACUGCAACUGGACAACCAGUAUGCCGUCUUAGGGGACAAGUAGGGCUUCCUGUGGGGACAGCCUGGACCUGCUCCACCUCGGGGAUGUGCUGCAGAUAUGGGUACUGCUGCCCUAACAGUGCUGAGGGUGCCGGAAACAGACUGCACACACUCUGUGCCUCUCGCAGACACUGAUGUCAACACUGCUACACACACACACACACACACAUACAUGCACGCACACACACACUGGUGGCAAGGGCUUCCAAUCGUCAUGACAACUCCAAGGGCAACUGCAAUGAGUGAACUCGACCUAAUAUCAGUUUAUACCUACCCAUAUAAACAAUAUUGCAAGAACGAUCUCCCUUUGACUCUUGCCAGUCCUGAGCAUGGCAGCAACAGCUGAUUAUUGUUUUUUUUUUUCUUUUUUUUUUUGUUUGCUGUAUGGGAUGAACUUGCACACAGCUGUUGGCUAUAUGCUGUUUAACAUGGCCCCUGGGCUGAAGCUUGCCUGAAGACAGCUGGUGGGGGCGCUGUUGAGGACCCUGGCUUCCUGGGUUGCUCAUCCUCUUGCUGUGACGCCCAUCCUCCCUCAGGCUUGCACUGGAGUGAGGUUCUGUCACAUUCACCCCCCCCCCCCCCCCGAUCAACGCCAGGCCCAUCAGACUGGAAUAGAAGAUUUCCACAGAGGGAAUCUGCCAGCUGUCACAGUGAAGUGGUUAAGGCUCUGCUUCACCUGAGACUUUUUAAAAGUAGCCUUAAUACAGGAAACUAUGGAAAUUAGUCAGAGGAAGUUGUACUUUUUGUCCUUCUGUGGUUUGCGGGGUAUUCGGUCGGUUGUUUGGUAAUAUCUGCAUUGGACAGCAUUUCCCUUAAACUUUCUUUGCAUAGCAUAUUAAGUUUUAGUAGCGGGAAAAUGGUGUGUGUCUGAACCCCCUCUUCCCUUUAUUUCACGGCUUUAUUUGAUGAUUCCUUGGUUAACAUUAAACUUGCCUUUUCUAACCAAACUCGCUACUAAAAUGUCUCGUUCUGAAAUCUGUGCCUGUCUGUCGUGGUCUGGUGCCCAAUUUCUGUUUAUUUGAAGAAGGGAAGCUCUAAUGAUGCGAUGGAGGUUGUCCUUUCUUCAUGGAGUGGCUGUAUCUGCACACUGGAGGGUCUCCCUAGGCUGGUAACGAUUUGGUGGGUAAACUGAGAAGGGGACCUCCUCAGUACCACUGAUAUUAGAACCCUGUUUGGGUCAACAAAGAUGCAAAGAGAGUUGAUGGUUGGGGGAAAAACUGGGUUUUUCCGGGUUUGUGAUAAUUCUACAAAGAAACCUACCCAGUCAUUCCCUGAAGCAAAUGUUCUCAAGUGCCUAUGAGACGCAUUCUAUUUUAAAAAUGUUUAAUCACUGAAUUUUAUGCAAGUGGUGCAAGUUUGUUCUGUACAGUCUAUUAGGGACAUAUUCAGGCUGUCAACAGUUGAGAAAUUAAAAAAUAUAUAUAUAUAUAAUAAUAAAGUUGUAAAGAAGUGUGGA